UCAUGAUUGUCACAAUGGUUUGUUUUGGGAUAAACUUGCGCCGAGUCACAUGGAGUCAUUCAAAGGGGUCGCGGACAGGUAGUAUGCUUACUGUGUGGCAAAUUGGAUUUUGAUUGUAGCUCCAAUGUAUCGAAAGGUUGAACAUUUACAAAUGUCGAUAAGGAUGGUUACGUCAGUUCUAGGUUAGGCAAGUCCUUGUGGGACACUCACAAUGUCGAAAUAGGGGUGGGACACUUCUGGAUCUCAUCCUUAGUAAACUUUGUCUCUUCUUUUUCCGUUUCCUUUUUCAUGGUGUCACGCAUGGUCCCCGGGAUGAGUUGUUUCUUUGGACAAUGAGUGGAUUAUUGUGGGUAAAUUGUUGAGAUGUUUUCAGUGGCUAUUGGCAUGAAGGGUCGCUCCAAGUCAACACAAAUGGGGGUGGCAACCUCCCGCCCUGGAUACGGGUAGCGUCCCUUGCCAACGGACAAACAACAGUCGGGCCAAGUCGAGCGAUAAGAACACAGCACGUAUUCCCCGUGGGAGUAUGCCGGCAGGGAUGGAGGGAGUCGACCGGCGGAGACGUUUCCUUCAGCCGAAGGAAGGCACUCAGCUUCCCGGCUACACCGGGUACUGUCCGCAAUACAAGUUCUUGAUUGGGCUCACGUACGGCAACGUCUCUGCGAAAAUGCUAAAGGGCGUGAAACACAACCCCCUGACGACCUCCGACCCGGGCCAGGCGGCAGGGCCCAGACUGGCCCACCUGCCCAGGUUUGACGGGACCAGGAGGCUGACGGAAGGCAUGGUGCCGGGCUAUACAGGUUACAUCCCACGCAAAAGGUACAAAGAUGCCGGCACGUACGGCCGCGACAGUGCCCUCAGUAUAAAUGAGUUUUUCGGGGACACAAAAGACGCCGUACGAGCCGACAGGGCACUGCGGGCAACCGUAGCCCAGGCACCGAGGAUGACACCCACCGCCAGCCAGGAGGAGACCCUGCAAAAGAUGGACUGCUUCAUGCCAAGAAAAGUCACCCUACUAGAGGACAAAAGAUCAUUUCUAGAACCCCCCAUGCCGGGUUGGACCGGAUAUGUGCCCAGAAAGAAGAUCACGGAGGUCGGCCUGGGCAGGCGGUACGCCGUUGUAGCCAAGAACGGAUUCUGCGAGCAGAAAGACCACAUGGACAGACAUUCGUCGCUACGGGACACCCCUGUCACCUUAGAAAGAAAUGAGUCUCCAGAGGAAGAAGACACAGGGUUGUUGGACAGACGUCUGUACCGUCCUGAGGGAAUGGUGCCCAAAUACACGGGAUAUAUCCCUCAGAGACGGUAUGAAUUUGGCAACACGUACGGUGCAACCAGCCGGUCUCUUCCGGUCUGCUACCAUGACAAGCCCACCUUCGGAUCCUACAUACGGAGUCAAGCACUACAGGUCUCCACAUGAAAUUAUCAUAAUAUGGAAAAUAUAUGAACAGAUGAAUGUCAGGGUUGAGAUAUAUGAAUAUUGCUUGUACAUUUGUAAUUGACAGCAGACUAUAGAAGUAGCAUGAAAGAAUUGGACGUAUUCUAAAUUACAGAAUGAAUCGCCGAUUAUAAUAGGUAGUUUAUUGAUAUUAGUAGGUACGAAGGGCAAAAUCCGACGUACUCUCACCGCAAUUUCUAGGUUUUGCGUAUUGUUGUCACGAGAAAAAGUGUUGUCAGGAGAAAAGAAUGUUAAUGAUUCCAGGUCACCAAUAGACAACCCGUUAUGAUAACUUCGUUUGAACCUAUUACACACCCAAGACUACAUUGUAGUUUUUCGUAGGACGCCACCUAGAGAAGAGUCACAGAAGUGCAUGCUUAUGAUUUUUAACAUGUUUAACAAAUGGGCAAUCGUUUAUGGAAUCAAUGCAAUGAAAAAGUUUUGUUUUAAGAUUUUCAACUUAGAAUAUUGCACAGUAAAGUGUCUUUUUGUACUUUUUGUUCACUAUCACAAGUAGGCAAUAUUACACAUACAGCUAGGUCAUAAAUACUCACAUAUCAAGGAGGUUAUAGUCAUAAACUCCUUGCACGUAUUGCGAUACUGACAUAUAUGUACUGAGAUAUGCUGUUUAUAUUGAAUAAAUCACUAAAUAAACUAGUGUCACCUUUUAC